UUGAAGUCAUUUCUAUCUCUGCUUAUUGUUUUGUGUGAGCUUCAUUCAGGCAGGGUUGUGGUCGCCGUAAUACAAUAAGUAAUGAUGAUUAGUCGUGGCUUCGCUCGGUCGGGUACGAGCGUCUGGAAGCAGUCCUUUCGACAGAUUUCCUCGAGCGCAGCCGUGGCCAGUGAUGGAAACACGAAGCCACAAGCACAUUUCUUCCGACCAGUUUUGCAGCCGAUGCUGAAAGAGGGUAGCUUUAGUGGAAAGGUGGCUUUGGUCACCGGAGGUGGGACUGGCCUGGGUAUGGGAAUGGCCACUAUGUUGUCACUGCUCGGUGCCGAUGUCGUUAUUUCCAGUCGUAAGGCGGAUGUGUUGGAGAAGACUGCGGAAGAAAUUCAGAAAGUCACUGGGCGAAAGGUGUUGCCCUUUGCAGGAAACGUCAGCAAGCCAGGUGACGUUGCAGCUGUUGUUGACGAGUGUGAGAAGGUGUUUGGCCUUCCCACCAUCGUCAUCAACAAUGCCGCCGGUAACUUUGUGGCACCCACGGAGCGCCUGUCAUCAAAUGCGUUCAAGACAAUCAUGGACAUUGUUCUAGUGGGCAGCUUCAACGUCACAUCAGAAGUGGGCAAGCGCCUCAUCGGCCAGGAGAAAGGUGGUAACUUCCUAGCCAUCACCACCACUUAUGCUCAAACCGGCUCUGCCUUUGUUGUACCCAGCGCUGCAGCGAAAGCCGGCGUGGAGGCAAUGACGAAGUCCUUGGCAGCAGAAUGGGGCCGCUAUGGAAUGCGCUUCAACUGCAUAGCACCAGGACCGAUCGAGACCAAGGGUGCAUUUAGCCGGCUGGACCCGACAGGGGAGUUUCGCAAGCUGAUGCUCAACCGCUUGCCCACCGGUCGCCUGGGAGAGAUCAAUGAGAUUUCCAACCUGGCAUGCUACUUGCUCAGUGACUAUGCUAGCUGGGUUACUGGCGAGGUGGUCAACUUUGAUGGUGGAGAGCUGCCAUUCAUGGCUGGUGCUUUCAAUCCAUUAGUCAAGGUAACGAAUGAACAGUGGGAUCUGAUGGAAGCGGCUAUCCGAAACGUCAAGGGUUCAUAGGUUUCUUCUUCGCGGGGUCUUCUGUUACCCCAUGCUGGGCAGCGGGUUUUAUUUCGCUACCGCAAGCUGUGGCUGGGUGUGUGCUGGUUACAUUCUCCCAUCUUAGCUUUCGCUUUUUUUCUGAGCCAUCACAUUCUAUGAUGCUGUGCGUUUUUGCGUUUGGUACAGUGUUGACCGGUGCGGUCAGUGCCGGAGUGCACUGAUCGGCUGUGCUAGUCUUCCCUUAUGUCACAAAGUACACAGCAAUUUCCCUUGACCCCGUUCGGUUCAGACAUCUUGAAAUUAUUUUUCUUUAGCCAUUCAGGUGGAAUAUCCUACUCUAGCAAAUGGUAUACAUGUAUCUACUUACUUGUCCCAAACUUCAUCCACCUCAAUAGCUAUGGUUGAUCCGUACUUGAAAUGAUAUUCGUGACUGCUAUCUGCUUUGGUCCUCCGAAUCAUUUCUUUCCCUGCUUUUUUCUUAAUAGAUUUGUAAGAUUUGUAGCUGAUUUUAGGCCAAGGUUAGCAUUUUAUUGAACUUUAUUCUAUUUUAUUCUUUUCUGUUUGACCCUGAUGAUGGGCCAGGCCCGAAAAUUUGGUGAACAUUUCAAGUGACGUAUGCAGCAAAGAGA